AGUUAUUGCAGCGCUUUUAACCCUGGCAGACCAUACUCUCGAUCAGUGGGGCUGAGCACGGGGAGGCAAGCGCAUAUAGACCGGCGGCGCGAGAACUAUUGGUGCUAGAAUAUUUCAGCGAGCUAGGGAAUCUGAAAACAUACACUGAUGCUCUUCUUUCGUUUGAGUUGAGAACAGAGAAGAAUGGAUCGCGACUACAUUGGCAAUCAAUAAGGAAUUAGGAGAGAGUCUUUGUGUUUGUGCGUACAUUUAGAAUGCCAUAAACUAGGUCCGGUCGAUAGCACUGCCAUAUACGCGCCCUAGCCACAGCGAUAGAAUCAAGUGAGUUCACCUUCACUAUUCACUGCAGUAGCCUGGGAAUUAGCGCUCAGCUGGUAUUCUUGAAAAGAGUGAAAUCAACCAGUCUGCCUCAGGGCCAGAGCGGUUCAUUCUUGGUGUGUUGUGUAUGGAAACUAGAAGACGUGUGCCUCAAAAGGAGCAGUUAUUAGAAAUGAUUUAAGUGGCUAUUAAAGUACAAAGGAUUUGACUUGGAACCUGAACUAGUGGAUAUUAAAGGAAAUUACCCAAAAUGUCUGACAAGACCAAUUCGAUUGAGAGCUCAGAGAUUGUUGAGUUGAACGUUGGUGGAGUGUUUUAUACAACAACACUCGCCACCUUAAAGAAGAUCCCUGAAUGUCGACUCGGCAAGAUGUUUGGCGAUGACUCUACGGCAAUUUUUGUGCGGGACGCUAAAGGCAAAUAUUUUAUUGAUAGAGAUGGUGUAUUGUUCCGAUACAUAUUGGACUAUCUCCGGAACCUCAAGCUUAUUCUACCAGAGAAUUUCCACGAACGUGAGCGACUCCGACAAGAAGCUGAUUUCUUUGAGCUGGAGGACUUAGUGAACAGUUUAAGCGCUCUGUCGCCAAAACCGGCCCACUUAACCCCUCUGUCCAGCACUUCCAGUCCCCCUGGAAUUACCGGUUCCGCCCUAUCAGGGUCUAUACUUAAACCCUUGCCUAGCGUUACCGGCAAGCAACCGGGAUAUAUAACUGUAGGCUACAGGGGAACAUUUGCUUUCGGAAGAGACGGGCUUGCUGACGUUAAAUUCCGAAAGCUGAGUAGAAUCAUCGUGUGUGGUAGAAUUUCCUUGUGUCGAGAGGCAUUCAAAGAAACCCUGAACGAAAGCAGAGACCCAGAUCGGGGUGGCAUGGAUAGAUACACAGGAAGGUAUUUCCUCAAGCAUACAUACUUGGAGCAGGCCUUUGACAUGCUUCAAGAAGAGGGGUUCUUCUUGGCAGGUGGGGUUGGCACCGGGACCAACAGUGCUGGCGAGCUAAAAGCGGGGAUGGACACAGAGGAAGCCAAGUGGCAACAUUACAACGAAUUCAUCUUUGAAAGACGCUGAGCCUAACUGAAUUAUUUUGGUUUCAAUCACUGCACGUUACGAUGACCAUGUCCGAACUGGCACGCGUUGCCAUCUCACGAGGAUUCGAUCAUUCUGGAGGACCAUGAUACAGAGAUACUCCGUGAAACCCUGAUGAAUUCAUAUACCUACAUUCCAGCAAGGAGACCGCCGCUGCCGGCCUAUGUGCUGAUUGCUGGUAUGUGUGUGAUGAUGUGAACUGUGACUGUUUACGUCAGUGUCACCAAAUAUUGGUGGCGAUGGUUGCAGAACUGGCCAGCAGAGCUCACCAAUGAGGGUAAUGUUUGCUUGCGAAACACAGUACAGAAUCAUUAUAUUCGAAUGCACGAAUUUCGUAAUGUCCACCAUGCUUGUCGUUACACGACAUUCAUCUAUCAUAUUAUGCAUCUUUUUUCAGAGUAGAUUUUUUCAGUUGUUAUGUAUACUGGCAUCACAGAAGUCAAUUGAACUGAUCUCUGCAGCAAUAUAGAUAUAUCUAUUGAAAUUAGCCAUAUAAUUGGAAUUUUCUCUGGAGGUAUGUUUAUGACGCAUGAUCAUAUACACUCGUGUUGUCGUAGGAUUGAGGCUGCAGACCAAUACUAUUUUGUAAAAGUCGUCACAAGAAAUUUCAAAGAAUAAAGAAGUUUAGAAUUGAA